AUCCUGUUUACGCCCAACAACUCCUCACUGCCACAGUUCCUUUGUCCGGAUAAGCUUGACGUCAAACUUGAAGAUGGUAUGUUGUACAAAGCCGAGUACGUGUUUGGCUCUUGGGAAUGUACACAACGGUGGCCGCCUUGUCAGAACGUCCAGGUUCUGGGAAAAUCAUGCAUAUUAGAAAACGAAAUACAAGCUCUGCUGCUUGAGCACGAUGUGGAUCACGGCGAUUUCGAUCGAGAGGUGCUUCAAAAUGUGGAGAAUGCCGUCGCCAGUGGUGUGUUUGUUACCAGCACGGGCGAGCUGGGAUGGAAACCUACCCCAGAAAUGUAUGCGGGUCGUCGCGACUAUCGCGAUGCGCGUAUCUUUACCAUAGAUCCAACGACAGCCAAAGAUUUGGACGAUGCUCUUCACGUGACCAAGCUCGCGGACGGCCGCGUCGAAAUUGGUGUGCACAUUGCGGAUGUCUCCUACUUUGUGCGGCCCGAUUCGCCGGUAGACACGGAAGCCCAGUAUCGGGCCACGACGGUCUACUUGGUGGACAGGACGGUUCCCAUGUUACCCCGACCGCUAUGCGAAGUAGCCUGUAGUCUGAACGAAAACGUCGAACGUUUAGCCUUUUCUUGUGUUUGGACCAUGAAUGUGGACGGAACAGUUCGUCAGAAGAACGGAAAUCCGGACGUCUGGUAUGGAAGAAGCGUGAUUAAGUCCUGUGCUCGGCUGGACUACGCCACAGCCCAGAAUAUCAUUGAUGGUAAGGUCGGACGAGGAGAGUCGGACAAGGCAAUUGACGAAGCUCUUUGGCCGGAAAGUCGGCGCCCAACCGGCGGACACACAACUGCCCAGGUAGCUCAAGAUGUACGGCUCAUGCAUCGUGUCGCCAUGGCUCGUCGACAGUUGCGUUUUGACAAUGGCGCCCUUGCCUUGAAUGGCAUUAAACUUACAUUUCAACUAGAUACAGACGGUCAAACACCACUUUUGGCGGCACCGUAUCCACUGAGGGAUUCAAACAGGCUGGUAGAAGAGUACAUGCUCAUGGCAAACUACCUGGUGGCAGAGCGCUUAAUCACGCAUACUGGUAGACGCGCCAUGUUGCGGCGCCAUCCCGAACCCCUGGAAGAUGGGUUGGACAAGGUUGCAAGCGUGGCCAAGGCUGGGAUGGGAUUCAACGUGGACAUUUCGUCGAGUCAGGCACUACAUGCGUCAUUAUGUCGCUUGGGCCGUGAAUGUAGCGACCCACUCGUCUUGCAGUGUGUGACGCAGAUGCUGAUGACACCUAUGCAACCGGCCGACUACUUUGCGGCGGGUACGAUGGACAUGGCGGCCUGGAAACAUUUCGCCCUGAAUAUUCCCUACUAUACUCAUUUUACGAGCCCAAUUCGUCGAUAUGCCGAUGUUAUUGUCCAUCGACUGUUGCAGGCUACCAUUGACGGUCCGGAAGCGGUUCAAACUUUUCCUUUGGACACCGAUGCGGUCGAAUCCAUUGCUGCGCACUGCAACGAAAAGCGCAUGGCUUCCAAGAAAGCACAAGAGCGGUGCGAUCGCGUAUUUUUGUCUCUGUUUGUCAAAGCAAAACCAAUGAAAUCCCAGCUUGGUAUCGUUUUGUCGGUGGGUGUAUCCACCUUUACAGUCUUUGUGCCGAGCUUAGGUAUUGCUGUUUUGCUCUUUUUGGAGGAGCACAAGGAUACCUUGACAUUCACAGCCGGAGGAGAUGAGUUUGGUGGCCGCCAUAUAGUUUUGGAGCAGCAGACUCAGGUGCAAGGGCAGCCGAUCGAGCCGUGGGGUAAUGUUUUGGAGAUCCGUGUGUUCACAAAAUUACGUGUGACCGUCUUUUGCAAAAGCAAGCCACCUAUUGACGUC